CACACACACAGACACACACACACUCAGUUUUUCACCUGGAGAGGGUGAGCGCAGGAGACGGCAUGUGCAGCAGCAGCAGCAGCAGCAGCAGCAGCAGUCUCUCCUCUCAUCCAGCGCUGCCUCUCUGAGUUGCCUCUUUCUGGAGAGUGGAGAGGAACUCUGAAAAGACAUUUUGGAGCCAUUGUCCCCUCGGCGAGAUCGGGAGAGACGGGGGGCAGUGAGGGAGCACUUUACCGCCCAGGGACACCAAAGGCAGCGCACAGCAUGAUUUUGGGAGGCAUUAACCGGGCCGGGGCAGCAGUGCCAACGUUCUUGCGGACCCCCACGGUGAUCCAGCCCCACCUGGACAUGAAGCCCUUCCUGCAGUUCCCCAUGGAGACCCCCCCUCCUCCGCACAGCAUGAGCCUCUUCCACAACUUCAACACGAUGGACCCGGUGCAGAAGGCUGUGAUCAACCACACUUUUGGGGUUCCUCUGGUCAAAACCAAGCGGCCAGUCAUCUCCUGUAACGUCUGCCAGAUCCGCUUCAACUCAGAGAGCCAGGCAGAAGCGCACUACAAAGGGAACCGACAUGCCAGGAGAGUCAAAGGCAUCGAGACCUCUAAGAGUCGCCCUCAGGAGGGGGACAAGCCUCAUCCUCUGCCCCCCACCUCCUCCCCAUCCCCGCCCGGAGCGCCUGGCACGGCCCCAGACAGCGAGCCCAGCAAAGCGGAUGAGACCAGGCCUCUGUCGCAGCUAAAUGGGCCCCUGCUGGCCCCGGGGCCCCUGCCCCCCCUCCCAACCCCUCCGACUCCACCCAUGGACUCCCCCGUGCCGUCGGUGUGUCCCCUCAUUCCCGCCCCCACUCCCCCCGUGGUUCCCCCGGCCUCCACCUCCCCGGGCUGCGGAGGGGGCAGCUCCACCUCCGAGCAGGCCGGAUCCGGACCCCCGGUCUCAGGAGCAGCGGGGACCCCGGCCUCCAGCAGCCCGUCCACACCGGAAACAGAGGAGGACAAAGCCAAGAAGCUGCUGUAUUGCUCUCUGUGCAAGGUGGCCGUCAAUUCCUUGUCACAGCUGGAGGCCCACAACAAAGGUACUAAACACAAAACCAUCCUAGAGGCACGGAGCGGGCUGGGUCCCAUCAAGGCAUAUCCUCGCCUGGGCCCCAAGCCCAGUGGAGAGCAGGGCGGGGGGCCGGUGGACCCCAACACUCAGGAACGAACCUUCCACUGUGAGAUCUGCAACGUGCGGGUCAACUCUGAACUGCAACUUAAACAGCACAUAUCAAGUCGAAGGCACCGGGAUGGUAUGGCAGGCAAGCCGAACCCCCUCCUCAGCCGACACAAGAAGCACAGGGGAGCUGAUCUGACGUCUUCUUUGACCUUCUCCAAGGAUCUCACCAAAGCUUUGGGAGCGGGGCUCCUGCCCAGCCCCCUGGCUGUUGCUGCAGCAAUGGCCGCUGCCGCGUCCUCGAACCCGCUCGCUCUCCGGGCGGCUGCCCCCGCACCUCAUCCGCACCAUCACCUCCUGCAAGGCCCGCCUCUCAGCCACGCCAUCCUGAGACCCGCGCCGGGGCCCAUCCGCACCACCCACGGGCCCAUCCUCUUCUCCCCCUACUGACACACCCCCACCCCCGAUCUGACUCCCGUCGGGCAGAAACAUCCACUCCAAAAGCACACUGUGAAGCUACAAACAUGAUCAACAAACAGCAAUUGAUAGGGGGGGGGGAAAAAUAAUCAUCUAAAUAUCAGACUGAGAGAAUUAUCGAGGGAGAGGAAUAGCGGGACGGAGGACGAGGAUGUGUCUCCCUUUUUCCCUUUACCUGACAGUCUCCAUCCACUCUCCCUUCAUUUCAACAGACUUCUGCGUGUUCUGAAGAGGAAAUGAGCAGAGGAGAGGAAUCCAUUAUGCAUCGAAUGCCCUUGUACAUUUCCCACCUCCCCCAGUCCCUCCCUUGCACUCUGGCCCUGUCAUGGCCACCUCAGUAGCUACAGAAGAAACACAUGCAGAUCUUUCUAGAAGCGUUAAACCACAUGUAGUGUUACAUAAAUCUUCUGAGCCAGGUUGGUUGUCCUCCUGUCAUCACGGCUCAGUGUGUUCUUCUCAUCCUAUGCACCUCAGAACCAGAGACAAUAAUGUUAUGUCAGUAGGGUAGCUGCUUCCAUCGGUCUUUGCUGUGUUGCGCCAUAUGUAGCUGUGGCGGCCUCCUCAGUAGUACUGUACAUGUCCUGCUCUGUGCCGGAGGCCAUCAGCUCUUCAGUCUGUGACACUAGGUCCUUGGUAGAUUCAACAUGACUUCGGCUGACGGGCAGGCGGUGGUAGCCAUAUCCGACGGUUCGGGGUGGGACGGUGGGGUUCAGAGGGCAGGAAAGCGACUAUAGGGGACUGCGCGCCCCUGUCAUUGGUGAGAAGGGGGCUGGCACGGGUCAGUGGAAGGCUUCUCCCCCCGCAGCAUGCACACACAGCCUCGGCAAAUUUAUUUUUAAAAUAGAAAGUACCAACAAAAUUGGCCUCGGGGCACAUCUGCCAUCCUCCAUAACAGUCAAGGAGGAGGGGAAGUCACACAUCGGUACAUGAAGCACUGCGGUGUUUAAUACAUAAUCACAGCGUUAAACUUCGAUUUAUUGAAGGACUCCUGCGCUUUUACAUGCAGUGGCGAGGGUCACUGAUCUGAAAAGAACAUAGGCGACACAGGAUGAGACUUCUGUUCAGAGGAAGCUAUGGAAAAGGUUAUUGACAUCCCUUCACUUCUCCCUGACCUUUGAGAGCAGACUCACUGAGUGCGCAGGCAGGUAAGACUUCGGCGUGACCUUGUGUACCGAUGUGUUUGAGUUAUUGCUGCGUGUAAACUCGCGGGAAGGUCGCACAGUGUCAGACUUCUUUCUUGACCUCUGCCACUCCCGCUUCGUCCUCCUCCCACUCUGCUCCUCUCUGACAUCCAGAGGUUCAUUUGAAUCUGCGAUCAAGGACAUAUUAACACUGGCAACCAUUACGCUGAGAGGAAACAAACUAAAUAGAGGAAGAUGAAAGCCAAAUACAUUCUUGGAGAAAUGAUCUUGAGCUGAAAUGACAACCCAGCCUGAAUCCUAGGGAAGCCGCCAGGAACGGGAGCCACAAAGUCCAGCCCGAGGCGUCCCACCAUACUUCCUGUCUUACAACUGAAAGCCAUGAAACGCACCAUGAUUUGUUUUCUUUUACAAAUACUGGUGAGCACUUUGUUUUGUUGGGGUUCGGACUGUUCCGUUUGCAUUUAUAUCACACAUUAAAAAAGAGCAAAACAGAAAACACAACUAAAAAUAUUUUUGUAGGUAGGAAAUGUUAAUAACUUCAUCCAUGAAGGGAAAGAAAGAAAGAAAGAAAGGGGGUAGGAUUAUAAGUGAAGUGUAGUGGAUUAUAUAAGUAACUCAGACAGGCAGUCCAAAUGACUCAGUGGGGAGCCACAAAAAGAUAGCUGAGCAGCAGCAGACCCGUCCUUGCCUGACAGCUGCAGACUAACACCUUUUUUCUGAACGAUAUGUACACUGUGCCCUUUCAUUGAGAAGCAAUGAGAUCUAAUGUCUUACCUUUGUCUGAAUAUUGCAAUGCAAUGAGCAAUUUUUAUGGGAGUGACUUGUUAUCAUUGUGACAUGUUGUGACAUGUUGUCUGGACUCGUGUGUGAACCGGGAGCGCGCCAGCCGACAGACCUUUCUGUUCUUCCAUAAGGAGUAGAAAUCCCGGCGGGGGGACUGAGAGCGAGGGACGGAGAGAGACGGAGGUGUAGCUGGGCGUAGGGACCGACCCUUCAUAUUAAAGGGCCUUUUAACUAUGGUAAUCUCUGCUUGGGGAACAGGGUACAACACCAGGUAUCAAGGGAUUAAAGCUAGAUCUAUUCAACAGGAUUUUU